AUGAAAGCAUAUAUCCUAAUAGCUAUUUUCAUUAGCUUAGGAGCAUCUUAAGUUUAAGUCACAUCAUAAACAAUAUGCGGUUGUACCCAAUUAACCAAUCAAAAUGAUUGCAACACAUUACCGGGUUGUUAAUGGACAAACAACUCAUGCUCGUAAUAGAGUUGCUUAUCACUUAAUCAGUCUUCUUGUUUAAAGGCUUCAUAGUAUUGCCAAUGGAAUCUCACAGCAGACACUCCUUCGUGUUCAUCAUUUGACUCAUGUGAAAAUUUAGUAGCUACUAAUAAUCAAUAAUGUAUCUAAUAAAAUGUUCGCUGCCUAGGAUUUAGUACUAAAUCCCAAUAAUGUUUAUACUAUAAUCAGAUUACUUCAAAUUGCAUUGAUUUCCCAUAAGCUGUUUGCUCUUAUAAUUUUGGUAAGGACGGACCCUGUUAUUGGACUAAUAAUAACUGUCAAGUAAUCAAUAAUUGUUCGAUGGCUACUAAACAAGAUUAAUGCUUAUAGCUCAAUUAUUUCAAAUCCGAAUAUCCCUAAGGAAUUGUAUGCCAAUGGAACUAGGCCACUAUGUAAUGCCAAGCCAUUACAAAUUGUAACCAAUUCCCUAGUCAAAACACAUGCAAACACUAUUUUGCAAGUUUGAAUUCUAUCACUUUGAAUGUCUGUUAUUGGUCUUUAAAUACAACUCCCCCCUCAUGUGUCCCUGUGACCAAUCUUAAUAAUUUGACUUCAUAGAAUUGCUUGUUGAAUACAGGUUUACUCUUCAGAUGGUAUGGAUAAUAAAAUAACCCUAAUUAAGGUUUUUGCGGUCCCUGCAAACAAGUCGAAUUAAUAACUAGAACCUAAUGCACUUGUUCUGACUAUGUCCUGCAAACUGAUUGCAAUUCAUAAAAUAGUUUAUGCCAAUGGAAUACAGGGACUCAAAUCUGCACUCUGAAUACUUGCUCCAACAUAUUAACUCAAGAUGUUUGCAUAACAGUCUCUGGUUGCUAUUGGAACUUUAAUACCUAUUCAUGCCAAACUUUGAAUAAUUGCACAGAUCUAACAUUUAAAGUGAGUGCAAUAGGAUGUGCAGCCUAAAGUCUAUAAUGUGCAGGUUAUAUAGGAGGGACCUGUAACAGUACAUCAGCUAUAGUUUCUACUUGUAGUAAUUAAAGCAAUCAAGAAAGUUGUUCAUAAUUCAUUAGCAAUCAAGGCCUAUGUAUUUGGAAUGUUUCAAAUAGUUCAUGUUCACUCUUGUAAUACUGUAGUCAGAUAACUGAUGCUCCAGUUUGUGGAAGUUGGUAGAAUCAAUGCACUUGGAAUGCAUUAAUUUCAUAAUGUCAAUAAAUGACCUGUGCAAUGAUCACAAACCAACAAAAGUGUACCUAUGUUCUAACACAAUUCUAAUAAACGUAAUAUUAACUGUGCAGAUGGGACAAUUCAAUAGGAAUUCAAGGAGCCUGUGAAAAUGCUUAUUCUGCAUUGUUGUAAACGUCAUAAACUUGUGUUAAUGCUACAGGGAACACUUUCAGAUGGAGUACGAAUAAUGCAUCUGCAGGGAUGUGUGUUUCAUGUGGCAUCAAUCAAUUGUCAGUUCAAACACCAUCCUCAUGUCAAUGCUAAUAGUUUUAGUCCUAAGACAAUUGCACAAACUCAGGAUUCUGCACAUUCAAUAAAACAUCUAAUAUUUGUUAACCAUCACCUUGCACUUCAUUUGAAAAUUAGAUUACAUGUGCUUUAUUAAGUAAUUGUUAUUGGAAUAGCAAUUACUGUGUACAAUUCACUAGUUGUUCUGAUUUACCACCUGCUGCCAAUCAGUUAGAAUGUGUCAGUAUGAAUGCUUCAUGUAAAGGAAUCAGCAAUAAGAUCUGUCAAUCCUACCCAACCUCCACUUGUUCAGCCAUGUACAUAGCUAAUGGCAGUUGUUAUAAUAACAUUGGUACUGAUGGAGUGUGUCUCUUGAGUAAUACUGACUAAAUUACCUAAUGCAUUGGAUUCUCUUAAUGUGCUCUUGCCUAGAAUCCGACUCUAUGUUUACGAAAUCAAUUCUCUUGUUAAUGGAAUACUGUAAAAAAUUAGUGCUCGUAAAUUACUUGUGCAUCAUUCCUAACAGAGUUAAAUUGCAAAUUCUAUCUACCAAACCCACUCUCAUCUGAAAUCAUUCCAUGUUAUUGGAAUACCAGUAAUCAUACAUGCGUGAUAGCUGAUGAUAUUUUAACUACAUUAAAUUAAAAUACAUGUGCAUUGAAUACUUAUAAUACGUAUAGAUGGGUAUCAAUUUAGUAAGGAUAUUGUGUCAAAUGUUAGGAGUAAGUCACUCUUCCCAAUUAGUGUGAUUGCACAUUUCUAAGCUAGUAUGAUUGUUCUUAAGCCUUUGAAUGUUACUGGAAUAAUUCGUAUUGCCAACAAUUAGAAUGUCCAUAAAUAUUAUAAAAAAAUAUAUGCGCAUCUCAAUUAGGUUGUAUGUGGAACAACAAUUAGUGUCAAGUAUUUAAUGGACAAUGUGGCAAUUUACUAGGUAGUUCUCAAUAUUAAUGCAUGGCACAAAAUGUUUAUUGCGUUGGCAGCAAUGGAACUUAAUGCACCAAAUCCUUACAUAAUUGCAAGGAGAAUACCUAAUAAGCUUCAUGUAUCUCCACAGCUCUAGGACGUGAUGGAGUUUGCUUUUGGAGUAAUCAAUACUAGAAAUGUGUUGCUUACUAUGCAUGUAACCAACUGCCAGAAUCUGAAUGCAGAUUCAGCUCAAAAUCUUGUUAUUGGGAUUAGACGAAUUGCUAAACUUUAACAUGUAGCGCACUCUUCCAAUAAUUUGGAUAUUGCACUUAUGUUAUCAGCUUAACAUCCAUCAAUAAUAUUUAGGCUUGCAAAUUGAUUAAUAAUUAAUGUGCUUCAUUGCAAGAUCCGUUUGCUUUGUCUUCAGAUCAAUGUUUUAGAAAUACCAAUAAAACAGCAAGAUGGAUACCAAGGCAGAACGGAAACGGAGGUAUUUGCUAUUCUUGUUCUGCAAACUUGGUUCCAUUAUAUUCACCUACCAUCUGUUAAUGUUAUCAAUACACCACUUAAAAUGAUUGUUUAUAAUCUCCACGAUCAUGUUUUUGGGACAAUGAUACAUGCAUGGUGCAAUCUUGUGCCAACAUUUACACUAAUCAAGCAUGUGCGCAAACUUUAGGUUGUGGAUGGAGUAACGGUGUCUGUGAAAAUUUCACUUCAUGUAAUUCGAUAUCUGGAUUAGGAAUUAAUAUUGAAAAUUGUCUGAGUUAUUCAAUCUAAUGCAAAGGUUACAAUGGAUAAACAUGCACUUAAUAUCCAGAUGAUACUUGCAGUGUGUAAUAAACACCAAGUAAUUGUAAUGGAAACUUUGGAUCUGAUGGUCCUUGCCUCUGGAAUUUGGCUGGGAAAGGAUCAUGUUAUGCAAUAUCAAUAUGUUCUGAUAUAUUAAAUCCCAAGAUUUGUAGUUACUACAAAAAUCUGUGUGUACUUGUAAAUGAUUAGUGUGAGUAACUUACCUGUGCUUAAUUCAAAAGUCCAGCAUCAUGCAAGUAUGUGGUUUCCUCUUUCUUGACAGGGGAGCUCCAAUUAUGCCAAUGGUCAACAGUCUCACAAACUUGUAUUAAUUUUAUUACUCCUUCAUCAUUAAAUUCAAUGACUUGUUCAGUCAAUACAGGUUACACUUAUAGAUGGAUUCAAAAUAACAAUACUGAUGGUUAUUGUACUAAAUGUUUGUUAAAAUCUCUUUACGUUCCUGGAUAAUGCGCUUGUAAUCAAUUAAUCUACGAGAACGAUUGUCUAUCAAAUCCUUUCUGCUCUUAUUCAACUGCAUAGAACACACCAAGUUGUUAUAAUAAGCCAUGUUCUGAAAUUAUUCUACAGGAGAUGUGCAGUUCCAAUCCAAGAUGCUCAUGGUCAGCAACUUAAGAGUUAUGUCAACCAUUUACUAAAUGUUCAGAUCUAGUAGGUAUCAAUUAAGGAGAAUGUGCUAGUUAUUCUUAUUUCUGUGCAGCAACUACUUAAGCGUAUUCCCCACUUCAAGAUAAGUACUUUUGUGCCCAAACACCAACUCAAUGUAAAACUGGUUCAGGAACAUCAUCUGCNAAUCAAUACUAGAAAUGUGUUGCUUACUAUGCAUGUAACCAACUGCCAGAAUCUGAAUGCAGAUUCAGCUCAAAAUCUUGUUAUUGGGAUUAGACGAAUUGCUAAACUUUAACAUGUAGCGCACUCUUCCAAUAAUUUGGAUAUUGCACUUAUGUUAUCAGCUUAACAUCCAUCAAUAAUAUUUAGGCUUGCAAAUUGAUUAAUAAUUAAUGUGCUUCAUUGCAAGAUCCGUUUGCUUUGUCUUCAGAUCAAUGUUUUAGAAAUACCAAUAAAACAGCAAGAUGGAUACCAAGGCAGAACGGAAACGGAGGUAUUUGCUAUUCUUGUUCUGCAAACUUGGUUCCAUUAUAUUCACCUACCAUCUGUUAAUGUUAUCAAUACACCACUUAAAAUGAUUGUUUAUAAUCUCCACGAUCAUGUUUUUGGGACAAUGAUACAUGCAUGGUGCAAUCUUGUGCCAACAUUUACACUAAUCAAGCAUGUGCGCAAACUUUAGGUUGUGGAUGGAGUAACGGUGUCUGUGAAAAUUUCACUUCAUGUAAUUCGAUAUCUGGAUUAGGAAUUAAUAUUGAAAAUUGUCUGAGUUAUUCAAUCUAAUGCAAAGGUUACAAUGGAUAAACAUGCACUUAAUAUCCAGAUGAUACUUGCAGUGUGUAAUAAACACCAAGUAAUUGUAAUGGAAACUUUGGAUCUGAUGGUCCUUGCCUCUGGAAUUUGGCUGGGAAAGGAUCAUGUUAUGCAAUAUCAAUAUGUUCUGAUAUAUUAAAUCCCAAGAUUUGUAGUUACUACAAAAAUCUGUGUGUACUUGUAAAUGAUUAGUGUGAGUAACUUACCUGUGCUUAAUUCAAAAGUCCAGCAUCAUGCAAGUAUGUGGUUUCCUCUUUCUUGACAGGGGAGCUCCAAUUAUGCCAAUGGUCAACAGUCUCACAAACUUGUAUUAAUUUUAUUACUCCUUCAUCAUUAAAUUCAAUGACUUGUUCAGUCAAUACAGGUUACACUUAUAGAUGGAUUCAAAAUAACAAUACUGAUGGUUAUUGUACUAAAUGUUUGUUAAAAUCUCUUUACGUUCCUGGAUAAUGCGCUUGUAAUCAAUUAAUCUACGAGAACGAUUGUCUAUCAAAUCCUUUCUGCUCUUAUUCAACUGCAUAGAACACACCAAGUUGUUAUAAUAAGCCAUGUUCUGAAAUUAUUCUACAGGAGAUGUGCAGUUCCAAUCCAAGAUGCUCAUGGUCAGCAACUUAAGAGUUAUGUCAACCAUUUACUAAAUGUUCAGAUCUAGUAGGUAUCAAUUAAGGAGAAUGUGCUAGUUAUUCUUAUUUCUGUGCAGCAACUACUUAAGCGUAUUCCCCACUUCAAGAUAAGUACUUUUGUGCCCAAACACCAACUCAAUGUAAAACUGGUUCAGGAACAUCAUCUGCUUCAUAAUGUGAAAACACUAUUACUCAAAAUGGUAUUUGUUAAUUUAAUACCAAAACUAACCAAUGUACUUUAGCCACCAAUUGUUCAGAUAUUACAUCUCAAAUUAGAUGUCAAGAACUCAUUCAUUCAUGUUACUGGCAAUAACCAACAGGACAAACAACCCAAGGAUCAUGUAUUACCACAAAUUGCAAUAUCAUUAACAAUCAACUAGAAUGCACUUAUGUUUUGACUACCUUAUCUUCUACUACUCCAUCAUCUUCGAAUGUCAUUUAAUGUUAAUGGUCACCCACUGUAGGUUGUCAAACAGCUAAAAAUAUCUUUUCUACCUUCAAUUCAACCAAUUGCUACACCAAUACCUUUAUGUUGUCAAGGUGGGCUUCCACCUCAACAGACAGUGGUCAUUGUAUUACCUGUGGUCAAUAUGCUACAUCAUAAUCAUUCGACUCCUUUUGUUUAUGUGAAGAACUGUCUGAAUCCGAAUGCCAAUAUGCUUCGCCUUAAUGCUCUUACAAUUCAGCCUCCUCUAAAUGUGCUAUAUAGAAUUGCUCAUCAAUUACCUCAAAAUACGAAUGUGCCGCUAACCAGAAUUGCAUUUAUAUUGGAUCCACUUGCUAUACUUAUUCAUCUAAACCUAGUCAAACUGCUGCUGGAUGUAAGAAUAUCACCAAUCCCAAGUACCCUUUCGAAUGCUACACAGCCUCAAUCAAUUGCCCAGUAUUUACUCUAAAUGCUUCACAUAAUUCCAAUUCUACAAAUAAUUGUAGUGCCCCAACCUAAUGUAGGUACUUGAAUCAUACUGAAUGCCAAAUUUAUAAUUCAGAAAUCUGUGUUUGGAAUGCUAAUAAUCAAAAGUGCAAGACUGUUGAUAAUUGCAACCAGAUUACUGAUGUAGCCCUUUGUAGUCUAUAAACAAGCAGGUGCCAAUGGAGUGUAGUUUUUAAUUCCUGCAUCACCCAAUCUUGCAACUCCUAUACUAGUCAAUCUGAUUGCACCUAUGUAUACACCUCCUAUUCACCUGGGGAUAUCGCUCUAUGUUUCUGGGAUUCCUCCCAGAAUGAGUGUAAAAGUGCUCCCUCAUCAAAUGCAACUUCCUAUACUCAGACUACCUUCUAAUGCUUUGUCAACACUGGUCAUGUUUAUCACUAUGAUGGAAACUAGUGUAAAAUGUGCUUCGAAACCGUUCUAAAUAUUCUUCUAAUCACGAUACUCCUCCUAUUAAUAUGA